UCUGUCCGUCCGUCCGUCUGUCUGACUGGUUGACAGGAGUGGAGUUUGGAGAGAAGAGGGAACGCGCUGAUAAACUCAAGGCACGGGACUCACCGUCAGUAGCCUAUAACCGAAUGGUGAUGACCCAACAGAGAUGGCCUGUUCAGGAGUGUGUUGUGCCAGCCUGGAGGAGCCCAAGAGCCUGAUGAAGAUGGGUCUGUGCAUGGUCCUCGUCGGCCAUGUUAACUUCCUGUUGGGAGCGCUGGUGCAGGGCGUGGUGCUCCGACACAUCAACCUCAACGAGCAGGCGUGGGCCGUGGAGUACGCCAUCUCCAACGUGGUCGCUCUCACCUCCGGCCUCGUAGGAAUUCUUGUUGGCAUUCUGGCUAUUGUCCUGUCUAAAAACAAGAAGAGUCGAGGCCUGACGUGGUCCCUCUUCUCCGUCAGCCUGGCUGCAGCCCUCAUGGCGGCGGCCUCCGCCGUCGGACUCUCCGUGUCCGUGGUGUGGGCCGCCGUUCACGGCGAGCGGAGCCUCCUGACUCACUGCCGCUUCCCCGACGCCGCCGGCUACUCCAGCAUUACCGCCGAGUGUCCUUUUGACCCCACACGCGUCUAUAGUACCACUCUGAUCCUUUGGGUGCCUCUGAUCGUGACUUGUGUCACCCAGACGGUGUUUUCAUCCCGGUGCUCGGCUGUCUGCGUCUCAUUCCUGGGUCUGCCUUGCUGCCCUACCAGGAAGAGAAGCAGGAGGGACUAUGGCAGAGCGAUCAAUGUGGUGAGGCCGAUGGAGGAAGCCGCUCCCUCUUGCAACAAUGACCCUCCAAGAAGCUACACUGAACCUCCAACGUGUUACAAUGACCCUCCAUCCCGCUACAAUGACCCUCCAUCCCGUUACAAUGACCCUCCAUCCCGCUACAAUGACCCUCCAAGAAGCUACAUUGAACCUCCAUGUUAUAAUGACCCUCCGCCCCGCUACAGUGACCCUUCAAGAAGCUACGCUGAACCUCCGACCCGCUGCACUGAACCGCCAAGAAGCUACCGCCAACCUCCAAGACGGAACACUGAACCUCCAAGACAGCAUCACAGACCUCCUCCCCCUCCACAGCGUCUUCUCCAUCAACAUCGGAGCCUUCCUCCCUCGGAGAGGCGGCCUCUUCACCAGCCGCACAGAGGAAGGUCAGACGAAGAGAGGCUAAAAACGAGGGUUGGCAGCCAGCAAAGGCCACCGCAGGAGCACCAACUGCUGGAGAGGGGUACCCAUGAAAGGUCCAGCUUCUGGAUUUAGACAUAUAUUUGACAUGCAAGAGCUUCUUGAAGACCGAAAUGCUGUGAGGGUGUAUACUGUAGAGCUAGCUACAAUGCUUGGAUUCAAAUAUCUUACUCAACAACCCUAUUGUCCUUUCAGUACUUCAUAACUAUGAACUUAGAGCUGGAGAUGUUUCAUUACGCAGUGCCGAUGUAUUAAUUUUCUAAGGCCCAGGCUGUUUGCACAAUGUGCAGGAUCACGGUUAUGUGUCUGUUCUUUUAUAUCUGUACAUAUGAGGGUCAAAAAGCAAUAUUUAAUGUCAGGAUAGAAAGAUGAGGCAAAUCCUUGCCUGUACAAGGAUUCAUUCAGAGUUAAAAGAAUAGUUGGACAUUUUGAGAAAUGUACUUUUGACGCUUUCUCGCCGACAGUCAGAUUAGAAGAUUGAUAGGACUAUGUCUGUGCGGUAGGGGCGUGCUUAUCUUAGCUUAGCUUAGCAUAAAGACUGAAAGCAGGGGGAAAACCACUAGCUUGGCUCCGUCCAAUGUGAAAGAAACACCUAGCAACAACUCUCACUACUCCACAUGCUAUAUCUUGUUUUUUUAAUUUAUAAAAGAAAGUGUAAAAGUGAAAAAAAAAAAGAAAAAAAAAAAAGAGUAAAUUCAUGGCCGGGAGCAUAUCGUUUUUUACACUUCAGUUGAUGUACGAAGUCAGGUGGUUGCUUAGCUUAGCAUAUCAUGAAACUGGAAUCAGGGAGAGAAACGGCUAGCCUGGCUCUGUCCAACGUUAAAAAAAUAUAGGCUUACUUGCACCACUAUAGCUCACCAAUUAAUAUUUUCACGUUUGAUUAAUUUGAACACAAGCACAAAUUUUUUUUUUUAAAACAAGGCCAGGCUAGCUGUUUUCCACUGCUUUGUCUUUAUGCUAAGCUAAGCUAAUCAGGUCUCUUCACAUUUGGCGCACAGACACGCAAGUUGUAUAUUGAUCUUCUCGUCUGACUCUCGAUAAGAAGGCAAAAACGUGCAUUACCUAAAAUGUGCAACUGUUCUUUUAAUGUUCGAGUUUACACAUAUAAUGGAGAACGGUGCAGUAGAAAUAGGAAAAAAAGAUUCUCACAAGUGAAGAAAUGCAGUGUACAGAGUGUGUUGGUGUGGGUGUGCCUCCAAGCUUGAAUCCGUUUUCGUUGCCUGUGUGAGUAUUUGAGAAUUGAGACCGUGUGUGCACGUUUUUUUCUGCUGUUAGGUAUUUAUUUUGACAAGUUAAGUCGACAAGUAAAUACAUUUUUUUUAUUCAAAAUGA